GUGGGCGUGGACACGUUGACUUUUUCAACUGUCUGCCCCUGAUGUCCGUUGGCUCCCGACGGAGGCCGCCGCCGCCGCAUCACCACCGUCGCGCCAUGACACCUGCCUCCUCCGUCUCCGUCCCCGCGCCGGUUCCCGCGCCCCCUAAGCCUCUCUACCUCCGGGGCCCGGUCAUCGCAGGCGCCGUCGCGCUGGCCGCGUUUCUCCUCCUCGCCGCCGCCUACGCCACCAGGCGAGCAGGGUCCCCGCCGGCCGCCCUCCUCUCCCACCCAGCUGUUUCCACCAGGUUCUUCUCCUUCGACCUGGUGCGCGAGUACCCUCACGACCCGGCCGCCUUCACCCAGGGUAUCUUGUACGCGGGAAAUGACACGCUUUUCGAGUCCACUGGCCUCUACGGCAGGUCUUCAGUUCGAAAGGUUGAGCUUCAGACCGGAAAAGUUUUGGUUAACCACCAAAUGGACGGAGAUGUGUUUGGAGAAGGUUUAACUCUUCUUGGUGACAGAUUGUUUCAGGUUACCUGGUUGAAGAACGACGGGUUUAUAUAUGACCGGCAUAACUUCUCCAAAUGCACGAGUUUUACCCAUAAAAUGCGAGAUGGUUGGGGUCUGGCGACUGAUGGAAAAGUUCUUUUUGGCAGUGAUGGCACCUCAAUGCUGUAUAAGCUGGAUUCAAAGUCACUUGAAGUCAUGAAAGUGGUGACUGUCAAGUAUCACGGUAAUCAAGUCCCCUAUCUUAAUGAGCUGGAAUAUAUAGAUGGUGAAGUCUGGGCAAAUGUCUGGCAGACAGAUUGCAUAGCUAGAGUGUCCCCUGAAGAUGGCCUAGUGGUGGGUUGGAUCUUUCUUCAUGAGCUGAGGCGGCAGUUGUGGAACUCAGGCAACACGAAUAUUGACGUCUUAAACGGGAUAGCUUGGGAUGAAAGAAGGCACAGAUUAUUUGUGACAGGGAAACUGUGGCCAAAGCUAUAUGAGAUCAAGCUACGGGCAGUAGAUGGUCCAGCAGAUGGAUCUGUAGAAAAGCUUUGUCCAAAAGCCAGCUUCUAUCGCUGAAGAGUGUAGAACCGCAUAUACACUGGGUGUGCUAACAUGGGCCUUCAUUUGUUUAAACGCACGAUGCGAAGGAUGUGGAGAUGUGAGUACGUACAUGUUUGAUCUGGUACCACUGUCAUAUAUAUAUACACCCAUGAGUUAGUAGAUGUAGCUGUACAUUGUUGUGACCUGUAUGAAUUUUGAUGAUGGCUGUGUUGUUUGUGUUAAGAGUGAAUUGCAACAGAUUUUGAUGCAUUCAAUGCAACUUAAUAGCUUGAAGAAA